AUGAAUAACCAAGUUAAUAACAACGCACUUAUUGAAGUUGAACCUUUAGAAUCUACACCCGAAAUAUUCAACCAUAUUAUAUCUACAAAGUUGGGUGCAAAUAUCAAUAUAGUAAAGUUUUUUGAUAUUUAUUCAUUAACGGAACCUGACUUGCUUAAUUUUAUGCCAAGACCAUGUACAGGCAUCAUAUUACUAUUUCCCAUUAAUUCGACAAAAAAAAUCAUGUCAACUGGAGAAAAGACCGUAUCUACUGGAAAUAAUUAUUAUUUUUUUAAACAAACUAUAAAAAAUGCAUGCGGUUAUCAUGCUAUCUUACAUCUAAUGGCUAACCUAAAGACUGAAAACUUGGAAAUGAUCUUUGGAGAUAACAAUAAUUUAAAUUACAAUAAGUUUAAGAGUUUCCUAAUAAGUUAUAAAAAAAUAGUAAAUAGCGGGGGCGACAAUGAACACUUAUUGACCAAUUUAAUUAACAAUUAUAUAUUAAAUGAUUUAUUAUUAACUACAACUCUAGAUACAACAAUUACUGCCACUGAAAAUAUACAGGUUGAUCAUCAUUAUAUAAGUAUCCUCAAAACAGAUGAUAAUAAAAUUAUAGAAUUUGAUGGAAGAAACGAUAAGCCAUCUGUUAUUUUAUCCAAUUGUGGAGAAGAUAAAGAUUUAUUUGAUUAUUCUUCAAUUAUAAACAAUCGAUUACAGGAAUUAUUAAUAAAGAAAACUGAUAAUACUAAAGAUAGCAGCCCUCCAAUUACUUGUAAUUUACUAGGUCUUGGACCAGCAUGGGAUUGA